GCGUAUUACAGAAAUUUAUUUAACGGAAUUUUAAACAACAUCAACAACAACAAAAAUAUUUUUCACUCUACACUUUAUUGAUUUUUUGUUUUAACCAUGAAAUCGGAUUUACUUUUAUGGGCACAAUUAUUUAAUCAGUCAUCGAAUGAUUUAUUACCAGAACAAUUAACUGAUGGAUUAUUAUUGAAUACAAUAUUUGGAAUUAUUGAUGAACGGAUCGAUCCAGAUGGUCGUCUAUGUAAAACUGUAACAUGCGUAAAAGAUAGAUUAAUGAAUUGGAAAAUUAUCAUUCAAAAUUUGAGAAACUAUUAUUUGGAAGUUCUACAGGAAGUCAUUACAAUUCGUCCACCAAAUAUUGUCCUGGUCAGUAAAAUACCUGAUUCUGCUCAAGCUGAUCAAGAAUUAGAAAAGAUUCUACUUUUCUUAUUAUGUGCAGCUGUACGAUGUGAUCGUCGUGAUUAUUUUAUCCGUCAGAUUAUGGAAAAUUUAAAUCCUGACGUCCAAACUGGUAUAAUGACAUGUAUUAAAAAUGUUACUGAAUGUCCGGCAAGUAUCGUAAGUUUUGAAAAACUUCGAUCAUCUGAUGCUGAUAUUUUACGAACUUUUCGAUCUGUAGUCAAUCAACUUGAAGAUAUUUAUUUAGAGGAAAUUAUUCAGUUAUUAGAUGAAUUAGCAUCAUUACAAAACAAAUUUAUCACAUUACAAGCAAGGUACCAAUUAGCUUCGCGAUCUAAAACAUUAGGACCUAAUGGAUUAAAAGAACGAUCUGUUUCUACCAUAUCACUCGGUGUUGAUAAUUCACAUAGUAAUAGUAAUGGUCAUUUCGCUAUAUCUACACCUAGGCUCGAUGAACAACCAUUUUUAUCACGUAAAAAAUCGGAUAUCAGUGAUUUAAACGAAUCUUUUGAACAGACUAAUGAACAUUUAAAUGAUGGAGUUUUUAUGAAUGAUAAUAAGGUUAAUCAAAAUACUACGACCAAUAAUAAUAUCAGUAAUAUAAAUGAAUUAUCAGAAAUUGGUCGAAUGGAUUCUGGUUUAGAAGUGGAAACAACAGAGUUAGACUCAAUCCGUUCUUUAUACCCACCAACUGAUAAUUUAACACCUGAAAUUCUUGUAAUGGAUACGGAUAAGCAUCAUUUAUCGGUUGAGUUGGCUGAAACCAAAGCUAAAUUACGUCGAGCACAUAUUGAAAUUGAAGAUCAAGCUGAUCAAUUAGUCGAACUACAAGAUCAUUUAUUUGAAACACGUCGUGAAUUAAGUCAAGUAAAAGAGGAACGAGCACGUUUAGCUGAUGCAGCUUAUACAGCAAGACAUUGGCAGGAUGAAGUGGAUGCAUUAAAACAAACAGCAGAACGUGUUAUUAACUUAGAAGCAGAAAAUGAAAAACUCAAAGAAAGACUACAUGAAAUCGAUUAUUAUAAAGCUCGAUGUCAACAACUUACUGAAGAUUUAGAAAUUUUAUCUAAUGAACAUUCACAAUGGGCAGAUAAAGAAGAAAUCACUCAUGAAUAUCAUCAUAAAAUUACAGAUUUAGAGAAAGAAUUAAAUAAAACACGAUGUCAAUUGACAGAAACAGAAAAUGCUCGAAAUUCAGAUUUGGAUUUAAUUAAAAAUCUUCAUGAGGAAUUAGGCAAACUUAAGUUAGAACAUUAUACACAUAAAAAGUUUAUGAAUUCACCUAAUAAACUGGCUAAUUCAAAAGACAUUGUAACUAAUAAUAAUAAUAAUAAUAAUAAUAAUAAUAAUAAUAAUAAUAAUAGUGAGAAAAGUAAUCAAAUUAUACAACAGAAACAACAAAAUCGCAUUUCAUUUGAUGCAACUGAUGAAGACUUGACUACUAUCGACAUUUCAGCGAAUAACCAUCUACAUCAGCACCACCAACAACAAUUCUUAUCACAAUCAAAUGGAUUAAAUUGUAGUUUAUCAGAUCAAUUAUCUGAAUCAGUGACCAAUCGUCUAAAUCAUUUAGAAGAAGUGAAUCGACGUUUAAAUAAAGAACUUGAAAUGACUAAAAUGUUAUUAGUUAAAGCUCAGUCCGUUAAUGAAGUUAAUAUUGAAACAGAAGCAUCUUUAGCUGAAGUGAAACGUGAAAAUCAAUUGUUAACUAAUAAGCUUGAAAGACUUGAAACAGCUUUGUCAGUUCAAGAUGAACGUUUAUGCCAAUUAGAUUUGGAACGAAUGAGCUUUGAAACGGAUGCAAGAAAAACAAGAGAAUCGUUAAAUACAUUUAAAGAAACUUCCGAAAGACAUAUCAAUGAGUUGUCACGUGAAAAUGAUUAUUUAACUGAAACUAUCAAGAACUUAAGAGGUAAAAAUAUCAAUGAUGUUUCAUCAGAUGAAAGAAUCGCACGUCUAGAAAAAGAAAAUAGUGUGCUUGGUGAAUCCGUUCAAAAUAAUGUGACAUGUUUAGCACGAGCUGAGCUAGAAAUCAGUCAAUUACGUCAUCGUUUGACUAAAGCAGAUGAAUUAUGUAAACGUUUGGAUUCAUUAACAGAUGAACGUAACCAAUUAAGUGCUGAAUUAGGAGCAGCAAAGCGUGAAAUUGCCGCUUUAAAAGAAGCCUGUUCAAAACAAACAGAUCUAGAGAUAGCUCUUGUCUCAGCAGAAGGUAAUUGUGCACGUCUUCAAACACAAUUGUCAACUAUCCGUGCAACAUGUGAAAAUUCAGUAAAUAUGGAAAAUGAAUUGAUAAGAUUGAGGCAAAUUGAAACUAAAUGUGAACAAUUACAAAAUGCAUUGUUUACUGCUAUACAAAAAACAGCUCAAGUUGAAGUGGAACGAGAUAAUUUAUCAGCACGUCUUACUAAUUUAAAACAAAGUCUUCAUUCUCAAAGGUUAUUAGAGUCAGAAAAUGAUGAAGCUGAUGAUGAAGAAGGUGGAAUAGUUGGUUUACAUGACGAAGAAGUUGAUAGCGGCAAUAAAACAGGUGAUUCAACAGAAGAAACAUCUCCUGAAUGUUUAGGUGUAACGAAAUUACGCAGAAAAACUAUAAGUAUGCCACCGAAUUUACGUCAUCGUGAUCGACGACGUAAAGGAGGAUAUAUCAGUUAUGAAACAGAACUUGGGAGGUUGGAUUCAGAAAUUAAACGUUUAGAAGCAGAAAGAGAUACAUUGCGUAAAAGUCUGGAAGAAAUCCAAGCUAAAUUGACAAAUGAAGAGGUAGCUCAUGAGUCUGCUAUGAAAGAAUCAGACGAGAGAUCAAGGCAGAAGAUUAGUCAAUUGGAAUCAGAAAUAAAUCAUUUGAAAGCAUCAAUUCGGCUAUCUGAUCAAGAAAUACGAAGAUUACGUAGAGAGUUAAGGGAUUCUGAAACAGAUCAACAUUUAUCUGAUGCAAUGGAAAAGAUUAAACAAUUAGAAUCACAAAUUAUUAGAUUAAAUAAUACAAUUAAACAAAAUGAAACACAUUUGAAAGAUGGUGAACAACAACGAUCUGAAUUAUGCCAACAAGUAAAUAUUGAACAGAAAACAGUUUCAGCUUUACGUAACGAAUUAAUUAUGGAAAAAAUUCAAUUACAAAAACGUAAUUCUGAAUUGAAAUGUAUUCAAGUUUGUUUAGAAAAGUAUGGAUUAUCAAAAGAUUGGUUCAAGGAAUUAAGUUCUAAAGAAAAUAGCAUAGAACAAACAAAAUUAAUAGAUUCAUUUAUGGAGAAUUUUAUUGGUCAAUUAACCAAAAAUAUAAAUAUUAAAAAUGAAGAAUUUGAUUUAAUUAAACAACAAAUUAAUGGACUUCAAUUAAAAAAUUCCGAAUUAAUGAAUCAAUUAAAAAUAAAAAGUCAAGAAUUAGAAGAAUAUGAAAAAGUAAAAGCUAAUAACUGUACUACUAAUAAUACUACUGAUAAUUCAAUAAAAGAAAAUUCUUCAAUUUUAAUACAAAUAAAAGAUCGUGUCAUUGAACUUGAACGUGAAAAUGCACGUCUUAAUGAAGCGCUACAAAAUGAAAUUGCACACAAUGAAAAUAUUAAAGCAAAUAAUCAAAACUUAGAAAUACGUAUUAAUACUUUUCAAGAACAAUCUGUUUCAAUACAACGACAAUUAGCUGAAUUAAUUGCAACAAAUGCUCGUUUACAAGUUGAAAAUACUACAUUACAUAGUCAGUUAGAUAGUUUUCAAGGUCAAAAUUCUAAUCUAUCUGCACGAAUUACUGAACUUGAAUCUGAAAUUCAUCAUUUAUCAAAUGUACUUGAUACAAUGCAUACAUCUAAAUCACAAUUAACUACUGAUUAUGAACAAUUACAAUGUUUACAUGAAAAAUUAACACAAGAUUAUGAACAAUUAAUUGAAACAUUGAAAACUUCAAAAGAAUCUCAACGUCAAUUAAAAUCAGAAAUACAAUUAGCUAAUGAACAGGUUAAUAAAUUACAAACUGAAGCAAAUGAAGUACAACGAUUAAAAAAUGCAUUAGAACAAGAAAGAGGUAGUUUAAAAGGUGAAGUAAAACAAAUUGUUCAAUUCAGAGAAGAAAAUGCACGUUUACAAUCGGAAUUAAAUUCUUUAAAUUCAAUAUUAACUCGUGAAAGACAUGAAAAAACUAAUAUAUUAGAACGUAAUCGAGAAAUUCGUCAUCAAUUACAAGAUAAUGAACAUAGAAAAGAACAAUUAACUAAUGAAUUACAAAAAUAUCAAAAAUUAGAACAAACAUUAAAUAAUGAAAUAGAAAGUUUAAAAAUACGAUUACAAGUAAGUUCAAAUGAAUUGUUAUCUGACAAUAUGGAUAAUUUAUUGAUAUUAAUGUAUAUCCAACUAUAA